AUGUCCUUCCGCAUCGCCGCAGGGCUUAGAUAUCCAGACAUUCUCGAUUGUGGGGGAAGAUCCCGCUGUGUUCUCGAGGCUCUGGCCCUCAAACGUACAGAUAUUUGUUUCUUUCUUGCACCACUGCGCGAAGACACCUCUGUUAGGUGCCACUCUGUUCAUGCCGACUCAAACUGCCUUACCCCUGGAUACCCGCUCAUUUCCCUGUCCUUGUCUUUUGGACCGAUGGCAUCAGAGCGCCCAUAUAGGACCAACGCCCAAAGUAAGCAAUGCUGCCUCAUAGUGAAUGAAAAAGAUUGA